AUGCAAUUCAGUUUUUCUGUUAUUGUGCUGGCUCUUCUUUUCGGUUUCGCUGAUUCAAGCCAUUUUCGUGGUGGUAGUAUUGCAUGGAAACCUGUCAACGUAAGUGCAGUUACUAACAGUACAGUUGAUAUUAUUGUUGAGCAGAGUUAUUCAUGGCUACGUUCAACUUACGGAUGUAAUGAUACAACAAUUGCUACCCAAGGCCUCAUCGGUAAUCCUUAUUAUUUACAAUGUUCAAUAAGUCCUUGCGACGGAUAUACUAACAAUCUCUUAACUACUGUUCCGUGCACAGAUUAUAGUGUUAGUGCUAGUAUAUCUAGUGGUAAAAAAUCAAGUAUAUUGACUUUGAACAGCAACUCACAGCUUACUCUGACGAUGGCUGGAGAUGCAUGGCUACCACUACUGACUGUUGCAACAUAUUGGAGUAUUACAACUAUGAUUAAUUUACAGCAACGUAUUGAUAAUGGUCGUCUUAACACACCACCUGUCUCAACUGUUCUGCCUGUAAUCAGAGUUCCAAUCAACAUUCAAAGUACUAUAAUAAUACCUGUAGCUGAUGAUGAUAAUGACUAUGUGCGGUGCCGUUGGGCUCAGAACAAUCACACUAUUAAUUUUUCUCAGAAUAAUGUUACAGUAGACGAGUGUGCAGAUGUAUGUAAUGCUGUACCGAACGCUACACUCUAUGGUGAUAAUAAUGGAACAUCGUGCCAACUGAUUUUUACUGGUAGUACAGUCGGUUUCUAUGCCGCUGCUCUACAAAUCGAAGACUUCUACAAUGAUGAGAAUAUCACUGCACCAUUGAGUUCAACACCAGUACAGUUCCUGAUUAGUGUUUAUAAUGGUAGCUGUCAGCCAAGCAUUAUUGGUGCACAGCCCAAUGGUGCCUUGAUUAACGUUGCACUAAAUACGAGUAUGUCAUCUGUGACCAUAAUUGCACAAAUCGGUUGUAUUAAUACGACAGUUGUUGAUUUUCUCAAAAUAAGUCCACCAGGCAUGACUACAUCAGCGAUUGUUCAAAAUCCAACAAAUUCAAGUCUCUUUUCAAUCCAGCUGAAUUGGAUUCCAGCAACACUAGGAUCACAAGUAUUCUGUUGCGCAGCUAUUGAUAAUAAUCUAGGACAAUCAGAUAUGUAUUGUGUAACGUUUCUGGUUACAGACUUUCUGAUUACUACAGUGACAACUUCAAGCACUACAGUAACAACUCUAAACACUACAAUGACAACUCCAAACACUACAGUGACAACUUUAAACACUACAGUUACAACUAUAAGCACUACAAUGACAACUCUAAAUACUACAGUGAUACCAACCGCACAAUCGAAAGGACUAAAUAUUGGUCUUCUUGUUGGCAUAGCAAUUCUCGGUCUCUUGGCAUGCUGUGCUAUUUGUAGUUGUUGUUGCUAUUGCUGUUGGCCAUGCAUUGAAUGGUUUUCUUCCGCUUUCAGAUGCGCUUGCUGUCGCUCUAUUUGUCAAAACAGAUACAAAUGCAACAGACAUCAGCAACAACUUCCUUUCGAACACUUACAUUUGGUUCCUACAUCAUCACCAUCAUCAGAGAAUCCUGUUAAUCGUAGCGCUUAUAAACAAAAUGCCACCAUAAACGGUUCAGGAGGAGCCCGUCUCUCAAAUGAAUUGGUUGCAUUGGGUCUUCAUUAUGCUGGUGAUUCUUUAACAACUCUAAAGAAAUCCUUCGCCAAUAUUCGAAAUAGUGUUGAGCUCACAAAGAUCGCACGUCAAACUAAUCACCAGUUAGUCAAAGAAACAACAACAACGAAGCAAGGUGCGCCAUCUAGCAGUUAUAACAAUGUUGUAAUUGUCCACCGUUUAAAACCAACUAUAAACAAUGCUCAACAAAUUGAUGAUGAUUGCAAUACUAAUACUACUGAUGUAUCAACUGAGUCCGAAGAAAAUGACGAUGACAAUAAUAUCAAUGUUUAUGCUAAUGAAAAUCAAUAUCAACAACAAAACAAUCGAUUUAAGCCUUUUAUUAAACAACCAAUGAAUAAUGCAACUGUUAACAAAAAAUCACGUCGUAAAAACUCUGCUGUCCCAUCUGUUUCUUGUUAA